AUGAAAUCUAAUAGGAAGCCGAGUCCUUCUCCAAACCAAAAGAACAAUAAAUAAGGAACUAAUCCAGCUCUCAUCUUUCAGUAACCAAAUGAUAAAAUAUUAUUAUUAACAAAUAAAAUAGAUUAAAACUAAGCUAAAGCGAGGAAUGGGUCAAAUUCUUAGCAGCAGAAAAAAAGCACAAAAAAAGAAUCAUAGAAAAACUACAUAACAAUAGUUAAGACUAACAACACCUAGAAUAAUGAAAAGAAAAUUUAAGCUUAAACUUUCAAUAACUUUAGCGUGAAUAUACCUCAAGAAUAAAUGAAAAAUUAAUUAGGGAUUAAAUAAGUUCAAAGUUAAAAUGCAUUAAGUGCUAAUUCUUUGAAUACAAUCGAAUCUCCUUUGCAACAAGAUAUGGUCCCUGGCAUUUAAAAUUUAUAACCUCAUAAAGGAGUAUCAAUGUUUGCAAAUAUAACUUAAUAAUAGCAGGUAAGUAGUCUUAGUUAUUCAUAAAGUCAAGCAUAAAAUUCUUAAGUGGUUGAAAACAGCUAGAAUUUAAAAUAAAAGCAAUCAUCACCAAAUAAAUAUUUACAAAACUCUUAAUUUGAAUUAACUUACUUGCAAGAAUAUUAAUAGUAUAUAGACUAUUACAAUAAUAAUUAAACUCCUUACUACGCUUUUGAGGAAAUAACAACUCCUUAAUAAAAUAACUCUUAUUAAAUAGAUGAGCACUUAAAUGCUAUUAAUGCUUUAAAAAGUAAAGAAGCUAGCAUUGUGAUUAAUAAUGAAUCUUACUAAAAUCUAAAUGAUGCUAACAAACUAAAUAAAAAUGACUAUUCUAGCAGAACUAACCUAAAUUAAUCAAAUAUUCCACUUCAAUAAUAUAAUUUAUAAAUAUAAUAAACACCUUAUUUAAACAACACAAAUCAAUUAAGCUAACUCUUAUAAUAAAAUGGCUAAAAUUAAAUUUAGAAUAACUCUAACAUUAAUAAUAGUAACACAUAAGUUGAUAAUAGAAUGCAAUUAUCACAACUUUAAUCUUAUUUAUUAAAAAGUAAUCAAAUUUAAGUUUAAAUAUUGAAUAAUAUGAAUAAAAGACCACUUUUUAAUCAUAUCACAGAUAAUUAACUAUUAUAAAACUAAACUCAACUUAAUUAAGAAAAUCAAUAUCCCCUAACCUAGAAAUAGCUCAGUGAAAUUAAUCUUAAAAUGAAGGAACAUCGAGAUUAUAAUUAAGGACUUCCAAAUGUAUCAUAAAUAGCUAUAUAAAAGAGAUGGGAAGUCUUUGAUUUGCCUUUCAAAAAUACAAUAGCAAGUUUAAUUAGUGAAAAAGGCUAAACAUACAUUUAUAAAUUUGAUCCUCAAGGUUCUCUUCCUGAUUUAGCAAAAUAUAAGCUUAACUAUAAAUUUACUAAUAUACCAUGCGCAAAUAUUGCAAUAGAUUAAAAGAAUGGGAGAUUAUUUGUCUAUGAUAAUGAUGGGAAUCUUCUUGUAUUUAGUUAAGAUCUUGAGUUUAAUGAAGGUAAGCCAAUAAUAAAAUUGUCACUUGAAGAGAGAUUCCCGCGUAAAAAUCCUACGCUUUUUGUAAAAACAUAUGAUAAUUAUACUCUUGUAUUCGUGAUUGGAGGCUUUUUCAGACAGUAGACCUACAGCAACAUAAAAGUCUUUAAAAUUGAAAGAAGAAAUGCUUCUAUUAGAUAUGAAUUAUCAAUAAAUAUGAUGAAAAGAAGAAGAAACCCUAUUGUUUUUUCCUACUCUGUAAAAAAUACUACUAAUACUAAUGGUAGUGUAUAAAAUUAAAUAGGUGCAACUUCUGGAAAAUUAAAUUCAGUCCAUUAAAAUACUAUAGAAACUGAAAAAGAGUAUUUAAUACUGUUAGGAGGAAAUUCUUAUGAUCCAGAAAGCGAUGCAAAUAUUACAGGAGAAUUUAUUGAAAUAGAUAAAAUACAUACAUUAAUUAAUUAAAGAAACAACUUGAGUAUAGAUAUAACUGAUUUUAUAAAAAUUAGAUUGCAUUCAUCUUUUGAUGACAGCUAUGAAAUCAGUGCCUAUCUAACAUAAGGUUAUAUAGUUACUUGGCAUAAUGAAGAACAAGAAAAAACAAAGCUUUUGAUUUUUUAAGAAAAGUUAAAAAAUGUACUUGAAAUAAAAAAAAUAGAUUUAGGUUUGAGCAAAUCUUCAACCUUUGGAAUUUUAGAUAUUGUAUAUAGUGAUAUUAUUCAUAAAGGUCAUAAAGGUUUGAUGAGGAUCGAAUAAGAUUAUUUAAGCUAUUUCAAUUAAAAAGGUCAAGAUAUUCAUAUAAUUUCAUUGAAAGAAGGGACUGAAGUAUAUAGUACAAAGAAAAAAACUAAUUUUUUCAAGCCAAAAGGGGUUUAGAAUAAUACUCUGUCAAAUUUAGUGAAGUAAAAAGAUUAAGAAGAAGAGGAAGUCGAAGAAGAGUCAGAGGAUGAAGAAGUAACUUAAAAAAAAUAAUAAUAAGAAAAAGAAGAAAGCAAAAAGUUAGAAUAAGCAGAACAAGUUGAGAAUGCUAAGAAAGAAAGUGAUAAAAACAUAGAUGCUAAAGACACCAAAGAAUAGUCAUAAACUCUAUCAGAGAGAAAGAAUGGAAAUGUGAAUAAUUUGUCUCCUGAUAAUAUUUUAUCAAAUAACAAACUGCUAAGUUACGAUUAAAAUCCUUUUAUUGAAUCCAAGAGAGAUUAUAAAGAUGAUGAAUUAAAAUAAUUAGCAGAAAAUGAAUAAUAAAAGAAAGAAGAGGAAAAUAAAAAUAAAGAAAAAGACAAAGACAAAAAAGACCAAGAUGAAGGAGAGGAACAAGAAGAUGAAGAAGAAUAAGAAGAAGAAGAAGUUUAAAAAAAGAAAGAGAAAAAUAAAAAAAUGUAAAAAAAUAAAAAUAAAAAAUCUAAUUAAAAUGUAAAUAGUAAAAUUAACAAAUUUUGUAAAUGUAAAUGUAAGUGUAACAUAUUUUAAAUGAGUUUCUUCCUAUGA